AACAAAAGAUGAAGGCGGGCGGGGGAGAGACAGGAAGGAUGCGGGUCGCGGUCGGGGUCCGAGAGACAGAGGCAGGGGCCGAGGUCGCCCAGAAGUCAUCCAGUCCCACUCGAUCUUUGAGCAGGGGCCUGCAGAGAUGACGAUGAGAAAGAAAAGUGGCUAUGAAAAUGAGAGAGAGGCUCCCACCGUUGGACCUUCACCCAUCAUCAAUAUUAAAAAAGAGAAGAGAGAGACAGAAGAAGAGACAAAAGAGAUUCUGGCCAAGUUGGAGAGAGAUACAUUUAUAGACGACCCCUUCCUGAGGAGUGAGCAGAGGAGCUGCCCUGUCCAGCUUCCCCUCGCUGUUUCUGGAUGGGGAUUCACGGAGGAAUUUACUAAAUCUCCCGUUAAAAUUGAGAAGGUGGAGGACGAUGAUGAUGAACCCAUGGAACAUGCAGUUGAAGUGAAACAGGAGCCGGCGGAAACCGAAAUAAAGAAAUCGGAAUCAAUGUUCAGGCCCCCUCCUCUCCCUGAACCGGAGUUUCUUCCCGACCUGCUUCAUAAAUGGAGUUUGGGAAAAGGAGAGGAGCUGUUCUUCAUCCAGAUGCCCGACACGCUGCCCGGCCAGCCGCCGACCAUGGAGCACAGACCGGUGAAAACAGAGGUGCAGUCGGAGGACGGGCAGUCUGUGCUUCUGAAAACAGAGUCUCAGGAGGAGGAAGCUGAAGAAAAUAACUGUAAUCUGAAAGACCUGCGGGAGGGUCUCGUGGGAAAGAUGCUGGUGAGGAAGUCCGGCCGGGUCCAGCUCAUUCUGGGACAUGUGACUCUGGAUGUGUCGCUAGGAACAUCCUGCUCUUUCCUUCAGGAGCUGGUCUCUAUUCACUCAGAGGGAAGAACGGGUGACCUGACUAUAUUAGGGAAUGUCAAACACAAAAUGGUUUGUUCCCCAGACUUUGAGUCUCUGCUGGAGAGCCGUGCUUGAUGCACGUCACUGAGCCCUCUGGAUGCACUUGUGGUGGGUUGUGAUGUUGACAAGACGUUCACGUUUGAUCCUUUGGAAACUGACAUCAAAUACAAGCAGUGUGGUCAUUUAUUGCGCUUCUGUGUUUUCAGACUGGCUAACAUAAUAUUUAAAUACACUAUAUAUAUGAAACGUAUGAAGUUUUUGUGAUAAAGGCUUAUAAAUGCAAGGUCAAAGGUUUAAUGGUCUGCCAAAUGUCAGCACUGUUUUCAUUUCUUUAUAUCUGAGAAUACUUGAGAAGACUGUACAUGGAUGUAAAUGUGUGAAUAAAAAAAGUAUUUGUUA